ACUCUAGGCUGCAAAUGUGCUUGUGUGUUGAUCAGAGUUCUGUUCCUUGCUGUGUCAGCUAGCCCCGUGAGCAACAAAUUAUUAGUCCGUCGCGCGCCGGAGAUUAUCAGAAAGAGAAAAAGAGCCUGGGAGGAGGAAAUGAGACCGGAGAGAUUCUGAAAGAGAACGCCUGAUACUGAGAUUGUGAUGUUCCAAGCUGUAAGCAAUACUACGUAAGUAUUUCAUGAUAAUAAUUGUUUAAUAAUUUACGCAAAUAAUCGGUCCGUUGUCGAAAUAUCAAAUUCGUCGAGAUGAAUAAAAAUAGACCAACUUUGUAUAGCAUAGCCCCUUUCUGUACAAUCAUAAAAACUGCACAACCUAGUAACUCCGAUCAACCUCGAACGGACAACAUUAUUUUGCAGCACAUGAAUGUCCGAAAAUUUUUAGUGUUUUGUUUACAUCUAAAGCUAUUACUCUGACCUUGUGGAAACAUCCUAUGUUUUAAAGGAGAAAAGUGCUGUGUUGUGUGUGUGAUGAACACUCGAAUCAAAAUGAGCAAUGUAACAAAAUUGGCAGAUCUCACUCAGAAAGCCGUUUCAUUUUCGUUAUUUGCUGGGUCGAUAUAUUUGACUGGAAACUUUCUCUACAGAUAUAGAAAUAUAAGAAAAGAAAGGUCAGAAAAAGCUUUAUCUGUUGCAAUGGAAACAGAUUUAAUAAACCCAGAAACAAUGUCAUUGCCAUUGACAGAGAAUGUACCAUCUGGUGAAAGCACUUAAUCAAACAAUAAGAAUCAUCAUCGGCUAAAAAUUAAUAGCAUCCACCCUGUGUUGGCAACUUACUAAUAAUGUAAAGGCAAUGGAUUUCUUUAAAACGUUUCACUACUUCUAAAAUUAUAAUGGUUUAGAUGUAAUUUUUUGUAAAUUUGUUGCAUGAUGCAGUCAGAUUGUUAUUGGUUUGUUUACUUUCUUCUUAACCAAAACCUAGUCAAUUUUUUCAAUUUUAAAAUAGAUUCGUAUUUUUUUCAACUUUUAUUGUUGAUUUAAUGAACUUUGUAUAAUUAAGUCAGCAAAAUUAUUUUUUGAGCAUUACUUAAUACCAUAUAAAUUGUAUAGUUUAAUUUUACAAAAAAAUAUGCAGUAUUAUGGAAAUUUUAUUACUUGACAUCAAUCUUAUCACUAUAUUUAAUUUUAAGGGGCAAAGUAAAACACUUUGCCUGGCAAACUAUUUUAUUUUCAUAAUUAUGCUUAAACUAAGAAGUUAUGGUUUUAUCAGGUGCUUAGGAGGUUUCUUAUUGUGUUCAAAAUUCCUUAAAGGAAACCCUAGGUAUAAAAUAAUGUUGGGUUUAUAUUAUAGAGCUUAAAAAGUCUUUUUAUAUUUUGAAUCCCGAGCUAUUGGGUGCUCAGCAAAAAAAUAAAAUGCCUGGGACGAGCAAACAAUUGUCAUUUUGCCGAAAAAAAUUAUGUUAAUCAAUUCACCUUUAUAAUACCUAUGCAUUGAUAAAGUUUGAAUGCAUACCUUAACAGGUUUAAAAUUACUGAUGACGGAAAAUAUCAAAAUUUGCUAUGACAUAAAUAUGACAUGAUAAUUUAUGCAGCAUAAUUAAAUCUGAAAUUCUUUAAAUGUGAAUAUCUUGAGAACGAAAAGAGCUUUUUAAAAAAAUUAAAAGACUUGUUAAUCAUCAUAACAUUAUUUUAUACCUCAGGAUCCCUUUAAUAUUUAUAAGAAUAUUAUAUCACCUUUUUGGAAAUUAAAUAUAAUUUUCUUUAGAGAGAAUGGCGCGAUUGCUUAUUAGGCAAAACUUGACCUGUAAACAUUCAGGGUGCACGUGCACGAAAGUUCAAUAGAUUUCGCGGAAUUUAUUUUCACAGGUAAUCAAAAAUUAGUCAGAUUUUUUUAUUUCAAAAAUUGAGUACCUCACCCAAAGAUUUUCAGUACGUCUUAGUGAAAUAAAUAGAAAUAUGCAACACAAAUUUAUUUCCAUAGUUUGCUACUUUUUUUUUUAUAGUAUGUAUAUUGCCUUAGCAAACUUUAAUUCUGCAUUUUUUUUUUUUCUCUCGCAGAAAUUAAAUCUACUGUGAAGAAUACACCUCCCGAAGCAGAAUUGUUUAUAAUUUUUUUCUGAUAAAUGAUAAAAUCUGUAAAUUUCUUUCGUGUCGAAGCUUUUAACACGUGCUUACAACCAUAAAUUAUAACCGUCACAUACGUGGUAAAGUAAACACAUUUUGUGGUAAGCUUACUUUCUUUCCUUUACAACCUCAAAAGUACUUUGCUGGAAUACCUACAAAAUCAUCAGUUAUCGCAAAUACAAGCGCGAUUCCCGGUUUUCGGGCUAAUAUCACGAGAUAAUGGUGAUACAUAAGGAAAAAGGAAAGAGCGAAUAACUAAUUUCUAAUUUUGUAUAGCUGGUUUAUAUAUUUUACAUUUAUGACUAUCUGUUUAACCAUUUAGUUCCUUAUAAAAAAAUAGGUUUAAUAAUAUUAUAGUCUUAGUAAAGAUCAUAAAGAUAUUUAAUUACAAUAUCUCCAUCGCAGAGUCCAAUAAAAUUAAAAUAAGCGAUAUAUAGACAAGCAAGAGGGAGAGUUGUUUACAUUUUACUGUAUUUAACCAUUUGAAACAAUAAAAUUUGCAAUGUCAUGAAAACAUAUACAUCACGAGUGGAAUUGUACUUGCAUCAAGUUUAUAAUUGUAGUUUUUAUCUUGAUGCAGUGUUUAACAAAUAAUCAGGAGUGUUUAUUGAUCAACGAGAAAAUUGUUAACGAAAACUGUUCUGUAAAAUGCACUCCUCUUCUGUAAGCCGCGUGGUUAGGUUCGUUAACCACACGAACAAACACCGCGUCACAGCUUCGCAUCAUUUCCGUUAUGUGCACAAUGCCGCAGUAACACAGGAAGACACAGUUAAACCAUACGAUGAAAUUCCAAGAGUUACAAGCAAUUUAGUGACAAUAGUGGAUUUUGCGCGUAAAAAAUACAGCAAUGCAAAAUUUCAUGAAUUUCUGCAAAAUAGAGUUUCGGAGUAUGGCGAUAUUUAUGUUGAAAACAUCGGAUAUUCUGGCGAAAAGGUGUACACUGCCAAUCCGGAUGACUGGAAAAUAUUGUACAAUCAAGACACCAAGGACCAACCUGCGCAACGUGAAUCAUUCUGGGCCUUUGCGAAAUAUCAUCGAAUGCGUGGACUACCUCGGCCCCUGUUUGAUCUAGAUGACGCAGAAUGGCACAGAAGAAAAGAAGCCCUACGUUCAUUGCUUAUUCCCAGAGAAGUAGCCAAGGUGGUUCCAAAAUACGUUGAUAUUACCAAUGAUUUUAUAGACUUUCUUGAAGGGAAUCUAACUCGAAACAACACUCGCGUUGUGGAAGACUAUCAUCGCUCCUUGAGUCGAUGGACGUUUGAAUGCGCUGGAAUGACGGUGUUCCAAGAACGUUUUGGUAUGCUGCAAGAGUAUGAGAAUAUUGAUGAAACGGUGAAGAUGUUCUAUGAAGCUAACUUGGAUUUGAUCGAUCGUUGGUGUCUACUAGAGACCGGUUCUCUUCAUCACAGGAUUAUGUCAACAGAUUUGUGGAAAGAAUUUGUGAAGACUUCAGACGACACCUUCAAAGCUGCAUCUAUAUUUUUAAACAAAAGUAAACAGCAUAUUGUUGAUCCGGAUGCUAGUCUCGAUGAAGUUGAAUCAUUAGUAUUAGCUGUCGAUGUUCUACGAGCCGGCAUCGACACUGUCUCCAAUGUGGCUAUAUGGGCUACCAUAGAGUUAUCUAAUAAUCCUCAUAUUCAGGAGAAACUGUACGAAGAAUUGAAAACUGCUUUGGGUGAUUCGGAAAUUACAAGCUCAACUCUUCAAAAACUACCUUACCUUAGAGCUUGUCUAAAAGAAGUACACAGGACAAGGCCACUUUUCCCAAUACAAAGCCGAAUGACUUUGCGCGAUGUUGUUCUGUCCGGUUACCAUGUUCCAUCCGGAACAAAUGUCGCACCGCUCCUUGGCUUUUAUAAUAAAGAAAGGUACUUUAAAAGUCAUGAUGAAUUUCAACCGGAGAGAUGGCUUCGUUCGAACGAAGAUAAAGGGAAUCAUCAUCCUUAUGCCAUCCUGCCGUUUGGUCAUGGUCCAAGAAGUUGUAUCGGGAGAAGAAUCGCUGAAAAUCAGUUGUUACUAUACUUGGCUAAAUUAGUUUUAAAAUACAAAAUAUGUCCGACUAAAGAUUACAACACAAGAUACGCCUUCUUCGUCGUCCCUGAAGGUCCUGUUGAUAUGAAAUUUGAGAAACGAAACUAAAUGACCUUCUCUUAAAUAGAUUAGGGAACUUUUGUCGUUGUUGUUGUUGUUGUUGUUGUUGUUGUUGUUGUUGUUGUUGUUGUUGUUGUUGUUGCGAUCAAACCAUGAAUUUUUACUAAUAAAUUUUAUCGAAGAUAAAUCACAUUAGUAGUGAACCAAGAAUAAAUAUGGAAUUAUAUAUAUAUAUAUAUAUGUAAAAUAACAUACUAAAUGCCUCACUCCUGCGUUUUUUAUGCCACUCUGACUUUUAUAAAGCAGAUUUUAAAAGAAAUUAAUUACCUCGGGAGAGCGAAACAUAUUUUUGGAAGAUAAGUGGUCCUGUGCGGAAUUUAUUUUCGAGAAUUGCUAUAUCUCCCGAAAUUUGAAGAAUUUAUUUUUUGCGAACGUUGAAAAUUUAGUAAUUCUUAUAAAAGCAAAGUCAAUGUUUUUUCUUAACAUAUUUAGAAACUUCUUAACGCAUUUAGAAAAACAGAUAUUUUUAAAAUAUCAAAAAAACUCAAAAGCUAAUUUUCCGAAAUCGAAGUACGAAGUAAGUAUAAAUAUUUGGCGGUCAAAUCCGCAAAUAUUUGUUUCCCUAAGGAUACUUUUUAAUAUGACAUAAAAGCUCUUGAUUACGUUAAAUGAUAUGUUUAUUUUAAUAGUUUUUGAUAUGUCGUCAUCACGAGAAAAUUGAGUGAGUUCUCUUUUAUUUAAAAAAAUAUGAUGCCAUUCUUCUGUAAGAAACCAGGAAAGAAUAGUCAAAAUGGAAAAUCACGUUCUAAGGUCAGAAUACUGGAAAAGGUUUAAUUUAGCGCCCUCUUUCAGAGCUAGCAUCCCUUUUUUAAACAAAAUAUUUUGAUAAGUAUCCUUUAAGCUUUUGAGAGCCUAUUUAAAUACAAACUUAGAACCAAAGGAGCCAACAUUUGUCAGUUUUUUGUUUUAUUCAAAAAUAGCUGUUCUUGUAAAAUUAUUUGAACUUAAAUUCCGUGUAUCUAUCGGUGAAAAAAAGUCUGUAAAAAAAGUGAUAAUUUUGGCCUCAGUGGCUAAUAUUUUUUACUGAUUAGAAUUUUUAAGGAUUACGGUUUUUUAAUCAUUUUUGGUGUUUCCUCAGUGUAAAAACAAAAUGUUUUAAAGAUGAAAGUAAUUGGGUCGUUUGGAGUUACAUAAAAA